UGGGGAGGCUUGGCCUUCAGAGGAACAGCUCCACUGUCAACACACCAGAGACACUGGACAGCAAGAGAGCCACACUGACUGAUCUUUCUGCAGGACAACAACUGAUUUCCCAUAUAUUUAAGAGAAUCUGCUUUCAUUUUUGAGACUUUAAGGAAGUCAAACUUAACUGUUGUUUGAGUGGCCAGACUUUGCCAGUUUUUCUGCAAGAACAAAGGGAAGUCUGAAUCUUGACUAAAAUGAAGUACUAUCAGUGCCCCAUAUCCCAGACCCUGGGAAUCAAGGCUCAGAGCAAGGACUGUGGUGUCCCACUCAACUGCAAGAGCUCUUCUCUGAAGCCGGUCCGCAGCGUCCACUUCCCCAAUGACAUUGUUUUCCAGGACUAUGUACGAACUGGCGAGUUGGAAAGGAUUGGACGUUUCAUCCGAGCCAGGAGAGUCACCCUGGAUACCAUCUACCACUCUGGCAUGGCUGCCCUUCACGAAGCUGUCCUGUCUGGGAACCUGGACUGUGUGAAACUACUGGUCCACUACGGAGCAGAUAUCCACCAGAGGGACGAGGAGGGAUGGACCCCACUGCACAUGGCCUGCAGUGACGGUUUCCCGGACAUUGCACGCUACCUUCUCUCGCUGGGUGCUAACCCUGAGCUGGAGAAUGACUGCGGCGAGACGCCGGCUGACCUCAUCGACCCAGACAACAAGGAGCUGCUGCAGAUUUUUGGGCUGGCUGUCAAUGACUGAAAACACCUUGCCUUUAAGGCCACAAACUCAUCUGACAGCUAAUGCUCAGUCGACUGACUGCUCUGAAACAGUGGACAGAAGAAGCCACAUCAGUCCGGCAUCGUGAUUUUGUCAGCUGCCUCAGCUUGGGAAGUCAAGGACUGUGGAUGUCUGAUGGAUGGAGGGCUGACAGAGCUGGUUGGCUGCCUCCUGGGUGGAGUGAACUUUUGCUACUAGGGGAUCCCCUCUGAUCUCCAGCUGUACAGAUUUAGCGGAUACUGUAAGAGCUUCAAAUCCUAUUCUACUGCAGUGAACUGAAUGAAUCAUUUGAUUUUAAGCUGUUGACUUUACUUAGUCACUGGAAUUAAGAGGGCUUCCCAAGGUUGUGUAACCUGAAGCUAUUGUUGCCACUUGGCUCAUUAGCACCUCUCUGACAGAAUGCCCUCAUGCUAAGAUUAGAAAGACUAAACAGACUUGUGUUGUCUAGCUUAUUAACACCUUGUUUACAGUUGAUCAAAGUGUUUUGUUUUUUUUGUCCGUUCUUGCCUCUUGAUAAGUUUCAAUAUAUGUAUUGUAUUCCUUUGUAGUUGUUUGUAUGACUUUUUAUACUUUUCAUUUUUAAAUAAAGUUUAUCAAACAUAA